CUCUCUGUGAGGGAACCCAGUCCUCCCAGCGUCCUAGCUCGCGCUGUGCGUGUGUGUGUGUGUUCAGUGACGUCAUGUAGGACACCUUCGGAUAAACAUUUUGGGUUUUCUGUGCGGGGUGGUGUUGUGUUUUUUUUUUUAGAAAAUGUGUGCGAGUUGGAUUUAGCAUACCGCGAAACGUUCCGAUGUGAUUUAGGAGAAGCUUUUCGUUUCUGAUGGUGAUUUCGGCGUUAGGAUGUAUUAGCUGGAAAGCUGUUUUAGAACUAACCAAUGGAGCUCAGUCGACGAUGUGUUUUUUUUCCUUAGCCAAUUUUCUAUAGGCCUUAUUGGAUUCAAUGAUAGGUCCUCUUGGAGUAAAGCCUAGCUCUGCAUUUAACAUCGUUGAAUUGUACCCCAGCAUCAGACAUGAGGCGGAGGUCUAAGUUGAAAGCUGGGCACGUAGCAAUGAACAAUCUACCCCACUACUCGCCACCAAGCCUUUCCAACUCCGUGAAAAAAUAUUCUCUUUGGAUUCUUAAAGGAUUGUGGAUUACCAGUGGAUAACUCAUCGUGGAUAUAUUUUUUAUGGAUAACUAAACGAAACCGGAAGUCAUUUUUUUUCCUCUCUGUCGCAGGAGAGUAGAAAAAAAAAAUUUGAUCGUCUGCCAGGCGGACGCAGGAGGAUUCGAUCCCCUUCUCUGAGGAGAAGUGGAACGACCGAACCGGCACCAUUGCUAGCACAAUGACCUCCCGGCGCCCCUCCCUCCCUCCCAUGCCUGACCUCAGCCACCUGACGGAGGACGAGAGGAAGGUCAUUGAGGACGUCCUGCGGCGCCAGAGGGAGGAGGAGGAGAAAGAGCAUGAGGUCAUCAGACAAAUGCAGGACGAAUUCACCAACUACCAGGAGAGCGUGAAGAAGCUGAGCGAGGAGACCAAGAAGACGGGCCAGAUCCUGGACGAGGGCGCCAUCUGCGAGAUCUGCCACAAGACCAAGUUCGCGGAUGGCGUCGGUCACAGCUGCCACUUCUGCAACAAGAAGUCCUGCGCCAGAUGCGGGGGGAGGAUGCAGAGCAAAGGGGGGCCUGUCAAAGAGAAGCCCGCGACCAUCUGGGCGUGCAACCUCUGCAAGAAGAAGCAGGAGCUCAUGGCCAAGACUGGCGCCUGGUACCACGGCGGGAUGGCCAGACCCGUGGCCUUAGACGUUGGUGACGUGGCCUCCGGCAGCGAGACGGGCUCGGUCAAGGCCGACGCCAGCCCGUCCAAUGAGAAGCGAGCCAAGCUGAUGGAUAAACAAAGCCACGACGGCAGUCAAGGCUCGGAGAAGGAAAAUUUUGACCGGCAAAGGGUGAUCACCCGCGCUGGAAGCCUUCAAGGGAAAGAACUCAAAAGGCAAUAUUCCAUGUCGGAUGCAAUCAACCGAGGACAUGAUCAAAGCGGGUCGAGUAGCAAUCAGCAGACAUUGGGCGCCCAGGCCGGAUCUGGGGCCCUGACGUCUAACACACCGGACCGUAUCAUAAACGAGCAGGAGAAAUUGAGGGACCACGGGCAGAUCCCGGACAGGGGGCGGGGCAAGGAGCGUGGCUCGGCCAAACACCGGUUCCACAGCGAGAGCCGGAUCUCCGAGACGGACCGGCGCUACGCCAAUGAGACUCCGCAUCACACGGACCGGCAUAAGCCGGAGGUGAACCGGCACGACCCGCAGAGGGAUAACGAGAGAGGGCCGGCCACGUUGGUCUCGCACAAAGGGGGUCACCCUGAGGAUAAGAAGCCCCCGGCCCACGGGACUUACAGGGGGGAGACGGACGGGACGUAUAGGAAUGACACGGAGGCUGAUAUCAAAGAGAGGCACAGGGACGGUCCUCACGAUAGACGCCAUGACGACCGCGAACAGCAGGACCGGCGGCGUGACGUCAAGGACCGGCGGAAGGACGGCCGGGGCGGCGAGCAGGGCGAGCGUUACCGGCAAAGUCCGGUCAACGGACGCCGUGACUACUCGGAUAAGAAUAACUACAGGGGGUCCCGAGAACGCCUGAACGAUCACCAGCCAACGCCGGCCCAGGGAGGGCCCGAACCAGAAGGGGAGGGGAGGUUGGAUCGCCGCGGAGGGAGCCGGCAUCACCGCGGGGAACGCUCCGCAAAAGACCAGCGCCGGUCGCCGAGCCGGGAGCGGGAUCGAGACCGGUUCGGCGGGAAAGACGUGCCGGAAGAUUUACAGUUCUCCAGACACCGGAUCCUCAUCGAUCACGCCAGCGACACCCAGGCCGAGGAUCCCCGGGACACGAUCAUCGUCGACCCGAAUGAUAAAAAACAGCAUUUAGACCCCAGCUCAGCCGGGGGUCGAACCCGCAACAAUCGGAAAAAACUGGAAACCAUGCUGCGCAAUGACUCGCUCAGUUCCGACCCCUCGGAUUGCGUCCGGCCGCCCCCUCCCAAACCCCACAAGCACAAGCGCGGGAAGAAGCAGCGGCAGCAGAGCAUCAGCAGCAGUGAAGACGAGAUCCAGUCCACGCCGGAGGGCUCCAGCUGUGAGGAGGUUGACCUUGAGAGCGAAAGUGUGAGCGAGAAAGGGGAGCUAGAAAGCGUGAAUGGUAGCCAGCGCUCAAAUAGGUCCAGUCAGACACGGGGCAAGAUUGAGUGCCUUCACAAGCCCACCCUGUACGAUACGGGGAGGGGCACUAGCCUAGACACGGAAAGCGGAUCCUCUGAGCCGCCGGUCAAGGACAGCGGAAACGAUACUGGGCUGUCAUCUAGUAGCAACCAGACUUUGAACAACGUGGACGAAGUUUUGUCCAAGCGACACCCAAAGGAAGCUAACACUAAGGAGCAUCCAGUGACAUGGCAGUUGUCAGCUGAUGGCACUAAGUGGAUUGGUCACAUGAUUCUCAAAAAAACUGUCUUAGAAGGAGGAGAGGAAAAAAGGGAUUCUAUUGCCAUUUUAGGUUUAAAGGUCAUUGGAGGGAAAGUAUCAGAAACGGGAAAAUUAGGUGCCUUUAUAACAAAAGUAAAGAAAGGAAGUAUAGCAGACACCGUGGGCCAUUUGCGUCCAGGUGAUGAAGUUGUGGAGUGGAAUGGUCGCUCACUGCAGGGGGCAACCUUUGAAGAAGUUUAUGAUAUUAUUUUAGAGUCAAAACAGGAACCUCAAGUAGAACUCAUUGUUCACAGAAAUACUAAGCAUGGUGAGACCCCUCCUGGUGUCCAGUCUUCCUUUACUGACCAUGCCAGAGAUUAUGGUUUGAAGGAAGCUAUUCCAGACAACCAAAGAUCUCGACGUAGUGUUGUCCCUGAGCCUCAACCAAGGUCAAGGUUACGGUCGCGACCUCUUUCUCCACCAAUCACAGGCAAAUUGCAGGUUAAGCUGUGGUAUGAUGUCCAGAGUUACCAGCUCAUAAUUUCCAUCAUUAGUGCCAUCGAUCUCCCUCUUACAGAAAACGGAAAGUUUAGAAAUCCUUACUGUAAAAUGUAUAUGCUACCUGACAGAAGUGAAAAAAGCAAGCGUAGGACUAAAACUGUUGCAAGCACCAUAGACCCAACUUGGAACCAAACCUUUAUUUAUUGUCCUGUGAAAGAAGCAGAUAUGCAUGAAAGGUUAUUGGAAAUUACCAUAUGGGAUUAUGACAGAGUUGGAGCCUCCGAGUUUUUGGGAGAGGUUUUGAUUGACUUAACAACAGCAAACCUAAAUGAUGAGCCCUACUGGUACCAACUAGACCACCAUGACAAUGCCAGCAUUCCACUUCCUGCUUCCUCUCCUCGCACAAAAACAAGUCAAGAUCCUUAUGACGUAAGAAAAGACCAUCUUUCACCACCCAUCAGCUCACGUGGUCUGAGUGACAGUGACAUGUCAGAGCUGGAUUUUGACGACAGCAUUGGAGUGGUUCCAGUCGUAGCCCGGGAUGAUCUUGGUUCUAGACAGCGGCAUCAGUCAGCCGCUGAUAAACUGGAGGUGCCAGAUUUAGGAGGGGUUGGUCAAAGAUCCCGCUCACCCUCAAGGGAGGGGUCAGCUAAAAGUUCCAGAUCCAGAUCAAGAUCACCAGGCCACUUGCACAUGCUGGAUGCCUCAAGGUCAUUGUCCCCACCAGAUAUGAGGACACCGGGAACAUCAGCACGUUCCUUCCAGCCCGCUUCCUCCCGCUCACUAGGGGGUACACCUUCAAGCACUCCAUCACCCAAGAAAAGACAACUCCCAGCUAUUCCUCUUGAGGCUCAGAAAGCCAGCAGAGACAGAGUGACCCAAGAUCUUGAAGAACGAGCACGUAUAAUGAAAAUGAAGAUGAAACUAGCCCAACAGGGGCAGGGAACUGGCUCAAUGCAUUCAGAAAGUGAGUCCAGAAUGACCCGGCGCCGAGAUCGCCAUGGUGAGUCAGGCGAAAGGUUACAUGACCGCAGCAUCUCACACGACCGGGUUGAAAGAAUGCGGGAGCGAGCCAUGGAGAGGAACUACGAGCGGGGGAGGGAUCCCGACAGGGGCCAUCAUAGAUCCAGGAGACAUAAAGAGUUUAGCCCUGACAUGUCAGAUGACGUUGCCAGUGACGUGUCAGAAACCAGCGAUAUGUCAGAGGUCAGCAAGGUUAGCACCAUCAGUGUACGAUCAACGCAGUCCGAAAGACCUAGAAGAAAACUGAGUGAAUUUGCGUCAAAAAUGGAGAGCCGGACAACCAUACCCCAGAGAAGACAGCAGGCUGUUAGCAGAAGCUCUAGCAAUGACAGCCAGGGGUUCGAUCAAAACGAUGGCAGUGUUUCUGACUCGGCUGUCACGACAAGUGUCACGGAGGGGAGGAAGCGAAGGCCCAGCAUUGGCCACAAAAUGGCAGCACUCGUAGGGUUAAACCGGCGCAGUAGCAGCGCCUCACAGCUGGCUGGUGGCAGUAAAAAGCGGAGCUCCUUCCAGCGCAGUGAGGAAAUAGGGCCAGUAGAUUUAAGAGGGGGCAUGUCAAAGCAAGCCAGCAAAGAUUCAACAGAUGGAAGUAUUGGGAGUAUCAGUAGUGAUUCAUCUAGUGUAUUAUGGCUUCCUACUGGGAUGAGACUAGGCCCUGAAGGACAGUUUGGUGAGUUUGUGGAUGGGCUGGGUCCAUCACAGUUGGUUGGGCGUCAAGUUCUGGGUGCCCCCUGCCUGGGAGAAAUUCAACUUGGGUUGUAUGACCGGAAGGGUCACCUAGAAGUGGAGGUCAUCAGGGCCAGAGGACUCAUGUCUAAACCUGGGGCCAGAGUAUUGCCAGCUCCGUACGUAAAAGUCUACCUUAUUGAAGGCAAGCACUGUGUUGAAAAACAGAAAACAACAACAGCAAGGCGCACCCUCGAUCCUCUCUAUCAACAACAGCUGUUUUUCAGUGAACCAUACCAUAACAGGAUUUUACAGGUGACAGUGUGGGGCGACUAUGGACGGAUGGAUAAAAAAGUGUUUAUGGGAGUAGCUCAAAUUUUAUUGGAUGAUCUUGAUCUAAGCAACAUUGUGAUUGGCUGGUACAAACUUUUCCCAACAUCCUCCUUGUUUGGCCACCACUCUUCAACAACAGGUCUUGCCCAAGCUGGCCUAGGCUCAACCACAUCGCUCGAAACUUUAAUGGGAAGGACGUAGCCCAAGUGGACUUUAGACUGACCAAUUUAAUUUUAAAUUUUUUAUUUUGCUGUAAUAUCUUAACACUUUAUAGAUUAUUGUAUAUGUGCUUGUUGGUAGAUUUCUGGAGUGCCAAACAUACAUGGCUUUAUUACAAAACUGUUCUUGUUUUUCUAAGAGUUUUAGGGGGUCAGGACUUUCAAUUUUAGGAGAUGGCAAUGGAAAUGUAUGCCUAUUUGAUGAUAUAAUUUUAGCUUAUUGCAUUCUGAGGCCUUUUGCAGUGCAGUGCUUUACAAGGUUAUCAGCUCUUGGCAGAAUGUGCAUUUUGACUUCUACUAGCAACAUCAAUUUUAGGCUUCUUGGAAAAGGCUUCUUGGAAAAAAAGUGUUCAGCUAUUGUAUUACUAGUGCUGCUAAAGAAAAUUUAUUAUUCAGGGCUUAUUUUUUUAAUUCAAAGUUCUUAUUAACAACUAAAUUUUUACUACUUUUUUAUGAUACAGUUUUUAGUUCUUCUGCCGUUCCGAUUAUUGGGCAGG